ACACCCGCGCUGGAUCCAUCCCCGCUAUAUCCCAGUCCCCGAACCCUCCGGGCCCCGGGCAGCGCGGGGGGUUCCGGGGGCUCUGCGGAGCUUCAGCCGGGACUGCCUUUCCUCUAGAGGGCUCUGGGAAGCCCGAGCUGCUUCUUGGCCGCUCCUUUCUCUGCCGGAUACCGGCUUGGGCUUCCGGAGCGGGGCCGAGCUCGCCAUCGCCUCCAUUGUGUCCUCCGAGGGAGGCUCGGUGGUCCCGGGCGUGCAGGGGGGUCCGGGCAGCGCCCCCUCCCCGCAGCCCCCGAGGAAGAGCCCGGGGGAGGCAGAGCCGGGCCGAGGGGAUUUUGGGGAGCGCCGAAGGAGGAGCCCGCGUUGUCCCGGUGCUUCUUCCUGCCAUGGAGCCGUGGGUGCUGCUGGACCCGCGGCAGAAGGCUCUGUACCUCGAUGUGAUGCACGAGAGCUACGAGACCCUUAUGGCCUUGGCUCAGGGGCUGGUGAGUGAGAAAGCCGCGGAGGACGGAGCGUCGGAGAGCAGCGCUGGGCUGGCAGCGCACUCAUCCCGCAGCCCGGAGCAGGAGAAGCCCCUGGGCUCCAACAGGCGCAAAGCGAAGCGCCCAGACAGAGCCGUGCCCCCCGCGACCCCCAAGCCCCCCGGGGGCUUCGUGUGGGCGUCGCACCUGGAGCGGCACCGGCGCGUGCACACCGGCGAGAAGCCCUUCGAGUGCCCCGAGUGCGGCGAGGCGUUCAGCCAGGCCUCGCACCUGGCCAAGCACCGCCGCAGCCACUCGGGCGAGCGGCCGCACCGCUGCCCGGCCUGCGGGAAGACCUUCUGCCAGAGCUCCGACCUGGCGCGGCACCGGCGCGUGCACCUGGGCAGGAAGCCCCUGCGCUGCGGGGACUGCGGAAAGCUGUUCCGGGCGGGGCCGGCGCUGGCGCGGCACCAGCGGUGCCACGGCCGGGAGCACUCGCACCGCUGCGCCGACUGCGGGAAGGGCUUCGUGUGGGCGUCGCACCUGGAGCGGCACCGGCGCGUGCACACGGGCGAGCGGCCCUUCCCCUGCAGCAGCUGCGGCGAGCGCUUCACCCAGAAGGUUCACCUGCUGCAGCACCGCAAGACGCACUCGCCGGAGAGGCCCUACAAGUGCGGCGACUGCGGAAAGCGCUUUGGGGAAGCGCCCCCGUUCCUGGCGCACCAGCGCGGCCACGCCGUGAACAAGAGCCACACCUGCGGCGACUGCGGGAAGGGCUUUGCCUGGGCCUCCCACCUGGAGCGGCACCACCGCGUGCACACCGGCGAGAAGCCCUUCGAGUGCCCCGAGUGCGGCGAGGCGUUCAGCCAGGCCUCGCACCUCGCCAAGCACCGCCGCAGCCACCUCCCCAAGGCCGUGGGGCCAUCGCCCCUCGCCAGGACGCGGCUCGCUGGGGACACGCCUGGAGCUCACAGCGGUGAGGACCCCAAAGGACUGACGCCCCCCUCAGUGUGAUGGAGAGAGCCAAGAGGGAAAACUUGUCUUGGAGACAAGCCGAGGGACACCAAGUGACAGGGGUGGGUGACAGGGGUGCUCUGUCGUGUCAAAGGGUGGCAUUUAUCUGCUCAGGUGUCUUCCCACAGCAGUGGAUGAGCAUUGCACCUGCUGCAGUCCAGACCCCGGAAAAGGGACAACUUGGGGGAGAAGGAGCCUAUUCCCGAAGGAAACGGCACUUGGCUCCAUCAGGGAAGGGUGGGGGAACCAGGGCUGGUUCUGAUGCAAAGAUCCAGUGGUGUUGUGCCUACUUGGUGCUGCCAGCGGAUGGGAGAGGGGGAUGGAGGGGGCGAGAUGCUCAGGGUGAGCAGGAGGUGCUGGCACAGGGCAGGAAUAAACUGGGACCCCGCAUCUCAUUGACACCUGUGUCUCUUUGUGCUCCGAUGCUUUCCCUGCUCUGGGCAGGAAACCCCACAAGCAACUUCUUCUUCCCCAGAGACAAAGUCACAUGGACACACACGGCAGGGUUUUGCUUUUUGGCUCAACUGCCUUCUCCUUUAUUAACUGUCACUCCAAGCCCAGGAAACAUGGCCUGGCUUCUCCAGCAUUCCCACCUUAAUGCAUCCCAACCUGUCCUUUGUAGACCCUCAGCAGAGUCUGGGGACGUGCCAGCAGUGCUUGUGAUGGGUACAGGUCCCCAGGGAUCUUUUCCCAGCUGUUUAGCCUCAAAAAUCCCAUGGCAUGGUUUCAGCCUGCCACGCACCCAAUUGUGUCCCCCCCUUUUACCCCCCUACUAGCAGGGCAGAUGAUGAGGAGGGUUAUAGGGCAAACUGUCUCCCCACCACCCCAAAUGAUAUCCACCUCUCCCCUAACCCACCCUCAGCCUCCCCUAUCCCUUCUCUCCCUGUCUUCCCCCAAAACCCUCUUGCAGGCACGGCUGCCCUUGCCUGUGCCCCCUUCCCACUGUGUCUCUCUCCCCACAUCCCCACCUUGACCCUCAUUCUGGGGUAUCUUGGGCCCCCCAAACCCUCUCCCACGCUGGGGUAGGAGCACAGACCA